AUUAAGCAGAGCGCAGUUGAAUUGAUAUGAAUCGUUUUCCGGGCAUUGUGAAAUAAAUCUGAAGUAAAACAGGAGGGCAGCACUUGCUUAUAGCUCGGCGCCAUAUACACAAAGACAAGGAGACUGACAACAUGGAAAGUACCGCUGCAGAAGGGGCAGCCUCUGCCAAUGACUCAUCGCCUUCGCUGAACGUUCUGUGUGCAAUUUGUAACGAGUUUUUCCGGGCAAACGACAUAAUCUUCUCAACCACCAGCUGCGGUCAUGUUUUCCACAAGGAAUGCCUCACCCGCUGGCUGAACACGUCCGGAACCUGCCCGCAGUGCAGGGGCGCCUGCAACCGGAAUCGCGUCCACCGGCUGUAUCUGAACUUCUCCGAAGCCACGGAGUACGAUUAUCAGGAGCCGCCCAAAAAGCCCAUCGAAUGGGUGCCCAUGGAUCUCGACAGGAACAGCUUUCCGGACUCCCACCUGCCGCCCGAGGGAGCGGUGCAGUGCGGCACCAACGAGGACGGUUUGCCCACUUAUGUGGCCAGAGGAUUUUACCAAGAUGAUCUUCUGCCCUCCUUUUAUGUGCCAGAGAAGAAGGCUGCCUUUGGAUCGCAUGCGUGUAGGGCCCACCGUCUGACGGACGAUGUGGAGUUGCUGGUGCUGAACGACUGUGACCACAAGUGGGUGGCCGGCCGGGAUGGAACCUAUCCACGGAAUGCCCUGAAAGCGGGCUACUCCGAGACGCAUGAGGUCACCUAUACGGGUCGCGGGAUCUACGAGGGCGUUCUUCGACUGGGUAAAGUGCAUCCCUCUCACAAGGUUAUGUACAUCCCUCACCGGGGUCAGGAGGUCAACGUCAACACCUACGAGGUCCUAGUAGUCACCCCACGCGAACAGGCCGAACGAUAAUGGUGCUGCAUUCUGAAACACCUACGCCUUAUUAUUGUAUAAAUCUGUGUUAUGUAUAUGUACGUCUGUUACAUUUAAGAGUGUGCUGUGUCACCUCUGAAUCCUCAGCACCCGAUAUUAAAUUUCUCCCUAACCCAAUAGCUAUAUGGUAUUACCUCAAAGUUUCUUAUCAGUAAUGUGAAUCUAUUACAUUUCCCGAAAUUUUAUUGUACAGUUGCUUUUGCUUAAAGAGUGAGCACUGAUCAGCAUGAUAGCUAGCAAAUAAUAAAGAUUUGAAAACUUCAAAAGACGAAUCAAAAAAA